AUGGAUGACGUAUACAUUGGCCAGUCGCCUCGUUGCCUUGAGAUGAACUCCAGUCGAGCCGUCGAUGCAGUCGCACGCUGUGCACCCUUGGCUUCACCCGUCACACCCGUCACACCCGCCCUCGUCUCGUCCUUGGUGGUGAGUGUCUACGAAUUCUCCUUGCCUAUUGUAAAGGUCCACUGGUUUCUUCGGUUGUCACGAGCUCACCCAGGCACCCGUUCACUUCUGCCGCCGCGUACAGAGCAACCGGAAACGUGCGGAAGUCGCCCAGCCGCAGUCAUGAGUGGUCAAUCGUCGCAGCCGCCUUCGCGAGUCCUCGGCGACAACGCCUCCUCGGAUGAGAACCCUUACUCGGACAAUCCCUACUCGACCGAGACACCUUCCCUGUCGGGCCCUCCCGCGGAAAUCGAUUCGCUCGACGAUGAAGCCCCACCCGCCGCGUCGGCUACGGAACGCACUCCCCUCAUCGCCUCGUCGAAGAACCACAACAACACCGGCAAACCCAAGAUCCAAUCCCGCUUCAACAACACAGGUGGAGAUGCGGUCGUGCGCGUCAACUCAAACGGAGCGACUGAGGACGAUGGCAACGGCACCAGUGAUCCGGACUCGCUGCCCCUCCACAAGCAGCCUCGGCCAUGGCGACUCAAGAUCGACUUUGCCAUCGCGGUCAUUCUACUCUGUGAGUAGCGAAUAGGAAUUCGUUGAGUCGAAACAAGAGCCCAUGACUGACAUACGUACCUCUCAUACCAGACGUGAACGUGUCGUUCCUCUUCCUUUCGAUCCUCUCGAUCAAAUCCCCCUUCAUCGCCCACAACGCCUUGCCGGCCCAUCGAGGAUCGACCUUCCUUCCGAUCUGGGUAACAUUCUUGUCAAGCAUCACCAACGUGUGAGUAUGCGAGAGAGGCGUAUCUUCCUGUCUCUGGCGACUUAUCUAACGGCCCUCACACAGUCUCGCGUUGCUCUCGUUCGUCUACCCCAAGGAGGCCCCUGCCUUCUCUGCUCUCACCUCAUGGAUCUCGGCUUUCUCGGCGCUCGUGAUCCUCAUCCUCGCCGUCGCCGUCACGCAGCUUCGUCGACACGAGGGUGUCUUGACCUUCAUUCUUCUCGCCUUGUCCAUCAUCUCGAGUCUGCACGCCGGUCUUUCCGCGCUCUUGGCGGAGCGUUACGCGCCUUUGCUCAUGGCCGACCCGGUUCCUGUCGAGCGUGACGCACCUAGUUUCACCUUCUGGGACAGUCUACGUCGGGUUGCUUCGGGCGUCUGGGAUGUGAUCCACGUUUCGCUUCCUCUUGCCCUGUUGCACCUUGGCGUCGUCAUCGCCUUUUUCUUGCUUUCGAUCAGCGUUUUCAUCCGCACCGUCGACUCGUCGCUCGACGUCCCCGGCCAACUCUGGAAGGUCGACCCUUGGCUCUACAUGCGCAAGAACUUCCCUGAGACGGGCGGCAGUGUGUUCAACACCGGAGGCCGACCUUUCAAGGUUCACCUCGCUUGCCGAGGUGUUGGUAUCGAUGAUCCCUUGCCACCUCGUGUGCAGUCGAGCUUGAUUCCUCCUGGACGGGAGGCGAUCAGGCGAACGAUCCUCAUCGAGUCGGAUCAGGGAAUCUCGGGCGCCGAAAGCGCACGAUGGGUGCUCAAAAUGCUCAAGGAGGGUGAAUUGACGAGCGGUGACUUUGAGACGAGGGUCUGCUACUGGGAUCGACCUGGGUAUGGGCUCAGUGACAGCUCGCCUACAUCUGUACUUCCCGAGGUCGUCACGGCCUUGUCACAAGCACUCACCGCCGCUGGUGAGAUGGCUCGCCUCGAGCCACCGAGUUCGCUUGCCUCUGUCGACAACUCGACUAUUGGUCAGGAGCUCGAGACGAACUUCGCCCCCACGCCUUUGGCCCGCUCGGGAUUUGUCCUGGUCUCGCAAGGCUAUGGAUCCCUGGCGUCGUCACUCUUCGCGACGAUCAACCCGCGACUCACGCAUUCGUUCCUCUACCUCUCUCCGAUCCCUUCGCGCCUUCAAUUCUCCCAGACCAAAUCAUGGUACAGAGCGGUACCGGGCUUCUUCACCCGUACGAUCCCUGCCGUUUCGACCGAGCUGGGCAUCUGGGCCAUGGCAUCGUUUGUGACCGGACACAGUCGGGCGAGUCGAGUCUUCUCGUCCGAGUACUCGGGCAUCAAAGGUUCGAUGGGCAGGGCGUGGCUGCAGGAGGAAGGCGAGCGUUACAAGGGCCGUGACUCGUUGUCACACGUCGCUUGGGAUCGCAAGAAGGGAAGGUACCCUGAAAGACACACUGGUGAGUUGAGCUUUCGGAUUGUGAGCGAUCGACAGCAUCGUUACUGACCACUGUGACGGGCUCUUCGAUCACAGUCGUCCUGUCCGGCUCGCAACCCAACCGGUACACCAAGGAGCAAUGGAAGGAAGGCCAAGACCACUUCAUCAACGAUGUAGUCCGUGAAGGACUCGUCCGACAUGAGACCGAUUGGACCGGUUACUGCGACGACGGAAUGGACGGCGAGGAGAGAUGCCGCAAGGCGCUCAAGGAUCUGGUCAAGAUGGAUUAA